AUGAAAUUUCGUGUGACAGACCGAAUGACUGAUGCACGAACUGUUAAGACCAAGAAGAACAAGGAUAUGGCCAAGUUCAAGGUUUGCUUCUCUAGGUAUCUUCAUACGCGUUGUGUGUCCGACUUUGAGAAGACUGACAAGUUGAAGCAAUUACUUCCUUCAGGUUUGAGCGUAUAAGACCUGUGAAAAAAUAUUUAUGUUUUUUUUAUAGAGUUACAACGCAAUGUAGAAUUUGUAAUUCAGUUCCUCCAAUCUUCAUUGAUUACUGCUCUCCAAUCUUCAUCUUCAUCUCGUUCCUCCAUUUCUACAACAAAACAAGUGUAGUGUUCUCCUGAAAAAUCAGAUUUCGAAUUUAUUGUAUUGUUUUUAUCUAAUUUUCAAAUUGAGUUUAUGAAAAUCACAUCUAUGUUUUCUUAAAAAUCGG